CGUCUUUUCAGACAGACUGUUUUUGCUGCAGUGAGCGGUAGCCGUGGAGAGGGAGCGAGAGACACAGCGAUCCAAACAGAGAGAGAGAGAGAGAGAGAGAGAGAAACGGGAGGAAUAACAAGGAGUCCGGCGAAGGAACGAGGAGAUACAAAAAAAGAAAAAAGUCGAUAAAAGCAGAUUGAGAGGAUCGAGGCUCCGGACAAGCGACUGCUGCGCAUCAGAGGAGGAAUCUUACACCGGGACCUGGUUGGAGAUCCAGCGGAACCAACAAAACAGCCCGACUCCGGAGGCGGAAUAUAACGGUGACUCUCAAGAGCCCCUCUGCCCUCCUGGGGAUUCAGUGAGACGGGCGGACCCGUGCACCCGACCAUGGCCUCCCCAUCAGCCCGCUCCUCCGCGCUGUGGAGCGUCAGCUUGUUGACGGUGCUGCUCGCCGCCGCGGUCCACAGCAACAUUGUCUACGACGAAGACCCGUUGCAGCCAGUGACCUCAGACGAGACGGUGUCCGUGGGCGGCACGGUGACUCUGACCUGCCGGGUGGCCGAGAGCGACAGCUCCUCUCUGCAGUGGUCCAACACCGCACAGCAGACCCUGUACUUUGGAGAGAAGAGAGCUCUCAGGGACAACCGCAUCCAGCUGCACCACUCGACGUCCACCGAGCUCUCCAUCACCAUCUCUGACGUGCAGCUGUCGGACGAGGGCGAGUACACCUGCUCCAUCUUCACCAUGCCGGUCCGCACCGCCAGAGCCACCGUCACCGUGCUAGGUGUGCCCGGCAAACCUCAGAUCUCGGGCUUUGAGAGCGCAGUGCCGGAGGGCGGCAAAGUCACCCUGACCUGCACCAGUACCGGCAGCAAACCCCCCGCCAGGCUGAUCUGGUUCCACGGAGACCAGCAGCUGGAAGGGCGCCCGAACGUGGUGGAGUCCGUCCCGGACGACCCCACGUACAACGUGAGCAGCGAGCUGACGCUGGAGGUGAGCCGCGGCGACGACGACACGGUCAUCACCUGCGCCGUCGACCAUCAGUCGCUCGCCCCGGGGGACAAGAGGAGCGAGCAGACUCUGCGGGUGUUGUAUUCCCCAAUCGUGGAGAUCCAACCUGACAGCAAUUUGCCCAGAGAGGGGGAGAAGUUUAAUCUCAAAUGUUCGGGCAAAGGCAACCCAGAGCCCACCUCGUACAUAUGGGAGAAGAAGGACGGUGAGCUCCCCUCGCUGGCCAAAGUCGACGGCGCCUCCCUGCACUUCGAGAUGCUCAACAAAUCAGACAAUGGCGUCUACCUCUGCCACGCCGACAACGGCAUCGGCAACAGCCAGGGGGAGUACACGCUCCUGGUGCAAGAUCCCAUGGACCCAGACAACCCGGACUCCACCUCCCCAUCCCCUGACUCUACAAUAUCCCCAUCCCCCCCUCCCAGCGCCUCCCUCCCCUCCUCGUCUCCCAGCGCCUCCCUCCCAUCCUCCCCUCCCACCGUCUCCCUCCCAUCCUCCUCCCCCCCCACCGUCUCCCUCCCAUCCUCCUCCCCUCCCGAUGUAUUAACCGGCUCCAGCUCCGAUUCCACAUACUCCUCAUCCUCUCCCACUCCCACUCCCGGCCCCUCAGAGGCUGACGGGUCGACCACCAUGUCCGAUAUCUCCACCACCACUCUCUCCGAUAUGUCCGCCACCACCACUCUCUCCGAUAUGUCCGCCACCACCACUCUCUCCGAUAUGUCCGCCACCACCACUCUCUCCGAUAUGUCCGCCACCACCACUCUCUCCGAUAUGUCCGCCACCACCACUCUCUCCGAUAUGUCCGCCACCACCACUCUCUCCGAUAUGUCCGCCACCACCACUCUCUCCGAUAUGUCCGCCACCACCACUCUCUCCGAUAUGUCCGCCACCACCACUCUGUCCAACGUCCUCUUCCCCGACCUGCCCCUCUCCUCGUCUUCCCCCUCCCCAGCCUCGCCAUCUCUCGACCCUGCAAGCCUUGCUCCGUCCACUGCCCCCGCCACUCCCUCCUCUUCCUCCUCCUCGUCCUCCUCCUCCCCCACCGCCCCCGCCUCCUCCUUUACGCGCUCAGUUUCUGUCCAGGUGACUGGAGUUUACACUUUCACAGAAGCCGCAGACAACAGUGCAGACCCCACAGCCAUGUUGACCUCUUCGGGGGUGGACCACGCUGUGAUCGGAGGGGUGGUGGCCGUGAUCGUCUUCAUCCUGCUCUGCCUCCUCAUCGUCCUCGGCAGAUACCUCAUCCGACACAAAGGGACGUAUCUGACCCACGAAGCCAAGGGCUCCGACGACGCCCCCGACGCCGACACGGCAAUCAUCAACGCCGAGGGAGGCACCUCCGGCGCAGAGGACAAGAAGGAGUACUACAUCUAGACACAGAGGACCGGGCGCAGUGGAGAAACGGAGCCGGAGGAGGAGGAGGAGGAGGAAAAGAUGGAGGACGUGUGGUAGAGGGGAUGGGGGGGGGGGAGAAAACCUCCAUUUUGUUUCUCACAACGCUUCAGUUCUUCACGCGGCCGGACGGACGACGGGGAGGGGAGGUGAAAAAGGAACUGUGGGCAGCGUAAAGUGAUGAGUUGAGCUUCAACUGGUACUACCCCCCCCCCCCCCCCCCCCCCCUUUUUUUGCUUUGAUACAGGGAAGUGAGAUUUUGCACUGAUAAUACGGACAAACUGAAGUUACACACUCACUCACACACACACUCACACACACACUCACACACUCACACGCGAGUCAUUUUUUUUGGGGGGGGGGGGGGUUCACGGACUCGAAUGCUCGUAGACGCUCUCAGAAUAACAAAAACACAAGCUUCCUACUAACACGUCUGACUUGUGACACCGUGACGCAUUCCCUCACACGCAUCGCAUCGCAUCCCGAACCGCCACGGCCCUCGCAAAAGGGAAAAAAAUUGUAAAUCACAUUCCCCCGGCAAAACCCGCUGUUCCACUUCCCACCGCCAGGCCGAACCUGUCGCCCCCCCCCCAUCGACAUUCGAAACCGAACCAGCUCUUGUCUCUUUUCCCCGCAUCUUUGUUUUUCUUUUCCUUUUGUUUGUCACAUCCUCUUCGUGCGUCAAGGCGGCGUCCCUCCGUGAACCUCCUGGCGGCGGAGAGAUCCACCUAAAUUAUUACCGACAGACACAAUCUCCCCUUUUUCUCACUGUUUAAAUCUUUUUUCACACCAUCCACUGUCUUUCUGCGCGCUCCCACACACACACACACACACACACACACACACACACACACACACACCCUAGCUUCCUCCUGACGCAGCAUCACACAACACGCAACACUCAUGCAGAAAAUAACAUCCUCGCCUUGGGCUACAAAGCCAAGGCGCUCCCGUAUACAUAUAUAAAUAUAUAUAAAUAUAUAUAUAUAUAUAUAUAUAGAAUUAUAUAGCAUUCUUUUUACUUGACGGGAAAUGUUCGGUGUGCACCCCCUGGCCUCCCUGUCGCUCAUUCUUCUCUCCCUGUAUCUCGUACUGGUCUGUUGCUGCAUUACAGUAACGUAUAUACUAAAAAAAAGAAAAAGAAAACGCCUGCCUGUUUUUUAUUACGUGCGUGGAAAAAUGCUGAGUCGAAAAAAAACCCCAUCAGUAUCCGGGGGGAGAAAGAAGAUAUAUAUAUAUAUAUAUAAAUGACGACGACGAGAACGUUGCGAUGAAGACUAACCUUAUCUGCAAAUACUUGUAUGAGGAAUGCUCUCCUUUUUUUUUCUUCCUUCUUUUUCAUUUGAUGUCAUUGGGUUCCCAUGAGGUCAGCGAGGGAUUUCAUCUCUCGUCAGUGUUACUGUCAGUGUUAACGGUUUACAGUGUCUGUCAGUCCGUCAGCCCACGGAUAUGAAUUCUUUCUCACGCGGUGGUUCGUGAUUUUGAGGUUUUUAUGGGUUGGUUUUUUUUUUCGGUGCUGUUUGUUUAUUUCCCCUUCCUCUUCCUGUUGCCCUGCGUCCACUGCCGCCAUUUUGUCCCCCUGCCCCCCCCCCACCCCCUCCCAAAAAACAGAAACUGUAGCAAAACCAAUGGUCGAGACACGUUAUCGGCGAGGGGUUUUCGUGGAGCGUCGCCGCCUGGUGCCCGUCGCCCCGCCCGGCCCUGCUGACCUCGCCUCCCGCCUCCCGCCUCCCGCCUCCGACUCGUGCUGGGUUUUUUUUCUCCCUCCGCUUGUCUUGGCGCUUCCACCCAAUCGAGUAGUGACACCAUGACUUCCUCCUCCUCUGAAGAAGAAGAAGAAGAAGAAGAAGAAGAAGAAGAAGAAGAAGAAGACGCUGGCACAGUCGCUGCUUUGCGAGAGGCGUGGCGAAGAGCGCUCGCUUUUUUGCUGUCCCCUACAGGGCCCAACGGGAACUGCCUACAUGCGUUACGACAAACUCACUGGCAAAAAAGAGAAAUUGUUGCUGUAAUUGAGCUUCUGCGCGCGCGUGUGUGCGUGUGUGUGUGUGUGUGUGUGUGUGUGUGUGUGUGUGUGUGUGUGUGUGUGUGUGUGUGUGUGUGUGUGCUGUUUUUUUGUUUUUUUUUUGCAAAGCAGGAAUCAUUCAGCCGGCUCAGCGGGAAAAAAAAAAAAAGGUUCCCACAAACGAACGGUGCUUUGUUCAGGUUGGCGAGUUCGCCGGGUUCCUGGCGACGGCUCCGAUUGGCCCCGGUCGCGGAAAUUGAUUGCAAUCUCGCUAAGAGGCUCUUGGCUCCGGACUGUUCACGUGCCAAGGUCUCGGCCCGGCGGGGGGGGGGGGGGCCACGUGGCGCCGAGGCCGGAGUCUGGGCCGCCGCACUAACGCUGAAGAAAGUCAUUUGGGGACUUAAAUGUCCUCCCUCCCCUCCCUCCCCUCCCUCCGCCCCGCCCGUCCAUUCCUUUCCAUUCUUUAAUUAAUCAUCCGGUCUGCGUCCUGAUCCACCUUCACCCGGCCGCUCCUUCCCUCGUCACCCCCUCCCCCUCCCCCUCCAUCUCUUGGGCGAUGUGCGACUCUCCCGCUCGCCGGUUUCCUCUCUCACCCGGGAGUUCCGCGUAGACGUACAGUGGAAGUAGCGUCUGUAGGUUUUCUCGCCGACCGGCUCCUCCACCACGGCGCCGUUCGUUUGGACGGCCUUCUCCCCCGUAGACAGUUACGUCUGUGUUCGUUCUUUUUGUACACCUCUUUUGGGAAUGUUCAGGGAUUGUGCUUUUUUUCGUACCCCCCCCCCCCCGCAUUAACUUUGCUACCUAGCUGGCUGCGUUCGAAUCCAAGUGGCCCCAGCUGGUGUGUCUAUAAGCUAGCUAAUACACAAAGGGUGAUGUGACCCCCGGAGCAGGGUCAGCUGGUGUCGUUCUGAUGUUCUUUGGUCCCCCCCCCCCCCCCCCCCCCCCCCCCCCCCUUCUUCUUCCCCGGGGAUCUCGCAAAGCUCGGCUUUAAAACAGGGUCGGACGCGGGGGUUUUUUUUAUUAUGCACCGGACAAUUUCGAAAAAAACAACCCCCGAGGUGAAUGAUGUCUGCAGACCAGAGGAAGGAGUGUGGGGGCGGGGGGCGGGGGGGCCGCUCUGUCCACUCGAGAGACACCUCGAAUUCUGCUCCGCGAAAGGGACGCCAGGGGAAAACCUGCCUCGUACUCAAACAAAAGUGUGUAGUGUCUUCUUAAAAACUAAUGGACCUGUAUUUGCCUGUAACUUAUCGUCCUGUCCUUCUUUGGUCUUAGUUAAUGUGCUAGCAUGUAGCUUGCAUGAGAAAAACGGCGGGAGAAAAAUGUAGAUAGUGUCGUCUGGAGGAGGAGGAGGAGAAGUGCUCGACGAAGCUUCCUCUCCUGGGACAAGGAGGAAGGGCAAAGGUCGGGGCCCCCGCGCUGACCCUCGCCUGCUGUUCUCUGAUCUGCACACAUACCAGUUAGAGCCCCCGCACGCGUAGCUCCUCCACACAACCGCUAAAGCAUAGGGAGUAGGAGUGGCUGUAUCCUUCUCAUCCCACCACCGCUACGUCGCAGAGGUACAAAUGGCAUCGAAUUGGCCCGUGCCAUCAUGAAUUUUUCCGUGCGUCCGUGCAGUAAUGACAAGCUGUCACCAGAUGCCAGCAGACAGCAGCUUUUCUGGUCCGAGCUGUCCUGUCCCGUCCCGUCCUGUCCUGUCCCGUCCCGUCCCGCCACUCAACUCUCGCCGACUCCCCUUCAGGGCAGUCGCACACUCGCUGCCACUCAUCCCCGUUUUCAAUUUGAUUCAAAUUUCAAAACUUUUUUUAAAUUUACGUUUUGUAAAAACUUACAAAUAGAAGGAAAGGUGUGCAUAGUCUUAAAUUUAUUACUUUCAAUUCAAUUGAUAAUCAUUUGAUUUAUUUUUAUUUUUAAGGUUAGAGAAGUUUAGUUGUUGUUUUUUCUGCGUAUUUUAUUGUUUCAACAACCAGUUUUUAUAUCAUUUUGUGUACAUAGUGUUGCCUUUACUGGAUACUCUUUACAUACGCGUACCCAUACACACUUUGCACACACACACAAACACACACACACACACACACUUUGGGUAUACACGCACAUUCACACACAUAUCUGCAUAUGCACAGCCGUCUGUGACGACGGUGCAUUUGUACAUAUGUGUGUGUAUGUGCCUUUGUGUAAGAGUGUGACACGUGUAUCGAUCGACCCCCAAACAGACUCCGGAGACAAUAUACGUUCGCAAAAAUGUCUUUUUUCCUUUUUCUUUCAAUGACGGCCACGACGUGUUUGUUGUUGGCGUCAUUAUUUUUGGAUGACAAGUCUUCCUCUUUUGAAUAAAUGUCCAUAUCACGUGAGAAUAUAGUGCUGUGUCGCGUACGUUAAGUUUGUCCCAUCGCCGGUGAUGUCAUCGAGGCGAGAGCCGACCGCCGCAUGCCGUGGUGGGUUGUUCGGCUCUCUGUUGGCCGUUAUGUUCAUGAACUAUUUGUUUUUAAUUUGGGUUAUUUUUUCUGUUAAAAAAUACCAGUUCAGUUGUUGACUUCAAUAAACAUGCAUUUGGGUUAAUUUCA